AUUAUGUAUUUAUGUUUCUGUGUUUGUUCAUCUGUCUCCUCCCCCUUCCUGUUUAUCUUCUCUUUAUCUUUAAAGAAGAUACUUAAUGAUCACACUCAUGGGAGAAAAGGGUUUAGAGAGAAGAAGAACAGCUGGAAGUGAUGUCAUUGAACCCAUGACUUAUUUAUUCGCCUGCAUGCUGAACAUGCCCUAUCACUCAUACUCAGUCUCUGCUGGACACAUUCUCAAAAUACUGUGCAGUGGUGUUUUUUCAAACACUGAUUGUGCUAACUGGGUCUUUGAGGAAACUUUCACUGAGAAUGGCCUCCAAUACAACUCUACCAUUGCACUAUACAGUGGACAUUGAUGCCAUUAUGAAUAAUAUUACCAUUGUCCUCUACACCAUUACCAUUAUCUUCGGCAUCACUGGGAACUCUUUGGUCAUCUGGGUGGCUGGCAUGCGUCUGAAGCCCAACGUCACUAAUGUAUGGCUGGUCAAUCUCGCUGUAGCAGACCUGAUCUUCUGCUUUACCCUUGUACCUUCACUCAUCAAAAAAAUUUUCUAUGACCACUGGCCUUUUGAAAACUUUUUCUGCAAGUUCAGUGGUUUCUUCAAGUACGCCAACAUGUUCUGCAGUGUUUUUCUUCUGGCUGUCAUCAGUGUGGAUCGAGUGCUCUGCAUCUGGCGUCCAGUGUUAACCAGAGAACGACGGACGUUAUGUGCUGCUCGUGUGGUCAGUGUGGGAGUUUGGAUUGUGGCAGUGAUCUUUAGUUCCCCAUACUAUUUUUACCGGCACGUCUACCCUGAUGACAACAAUUUGAGCAAGUGCUCAAUGGAGGAGAAAGAAGCAUCAAAGGGUGACAAUUCAGCAGAGAAUGCCUUGUACAGCAUUCGCUUCUUAUGUGGAUUCCUGUUGCCCUUCCUGGUCAUCCUGUGCUGCUACAUUCUAGCAGGCUUUGGAAUACGCAGAACAAGGUUUUCUGGUAAAACGAGGCCUCUCCGUAUUCUUGCUGGACUUGUUUUUGCCUUUUUCAUAUGUUGGGGUCCCUACCACUGCCUACUGCUUGCCAAGAUGGUAGACAAGAAGAGCCCCGCUCUUAAAGUGGGCCUGCCUAUUGCCAAGGGCUUUGCGUAUUUCAACAGCUGCGUGAACCCGGUGCUGUACUUCUGCAUGGGACUGGAUGUUAGAAAAUGCUUCAGACAAAGCAUAUCAGGGAUUUAUCGCAGAGCACUUAUGGAAGAAGGCCACACUUUGCAGCCCCAUCAAGGCACUGGGGAUGAAAGCUGUAAUUCAAAUCCAAAGACUGCAGGGAUUGUUCAAGACAGACUGGAGGGCAUGACUAAAGUUUAAAAUAGUUUUAUUGUAAUAUAAUUUUUGCUUUUUAGCAGUAUCAGUUAAUGGGAAAUUUUAUGGUGAGGCCAUGUGAAGUGUGAUUUUUUAUUUUAUUUUUUGACAAUCAUACUACCAGACUAUCUCUAAAAUAACCAAACUAAGAACUUUUUAAUUAAAAACAUAAAAAGAAAACAUUCAGUAACAGUAGUCUUCAUAAUUAAGAACUUAUAUUGUGAAAACCUAAAAAUAAUUAUGAAAUCAACGUAUGUUUGGGAGUAUGAUUUUGACACUUUUGAAGAGGAAACUGAUUCUUGCUUUUGAUAAGCUUUAGAUUUGGAAACAGUGGUUUUCACAAGUCUGCUUCUGUGACCUCUUAGUAUUAACAUGUAAGCCAACGUUUAGCAGCUACUACAUUUCCUUGUUUCAAAUCCAAUAAACUGUGGUCAGUUUUCCUGA